CGUCAAGACAGGGCGGAAGUAGCGGCGGAAGCGGCUCUGCGGACCGAAAUGGGGGAGAAAAAAGCGUCAGGCCGGGUACCGGAGGCGGCGCAGCGGCGGGUCCUGGACCGGGCGACGCGGCAGCGGCGGCUGAACCGGCAGCUGGAGGCCCUGGAGAACGACAACUUCGGCGACGACCCCCAGGCGGGGCUGCCCCGGCCCGGCAAACGCCUCCCCCACUUCGCCGACACCGCCGAAACCGGGAAGAAGAAGAAGAAGACGCGCGGGGACCACUUCAAGCUGCGUUUCCGGAAGAACUUCCAGGCGCUGCUGGAGGAGCAGAACCUGAGCGCAGCCGAAGCCCCCAACUACGUCUCGGCGUGCGCAGCCCCCUCGCGCCUGCCCCAGCGCCACUUCUGCGCCGUCUGCGGCUUCCCCUCGGCCUACACCUGCGUCACCUGCGGCGCCCGCUACUGCUCCAGCCGCUGCCUGGGCACCCACCAGGACACCCGGUGCCUGAAGUGGACGGUGUGACGGGGACGCUGCCACCACCCUGGGGACAAUAAAGGGACUCGUGCGCCA